AUGAGUCUCCGCCUCCGGCUCUGCCUCCCGCCCGAUCUGUCUCCACCUUCUCGGGCUUCUGCGAAGAACCGUGGUUCUAGUCUCCGUCGGCGGACGUCUGCACCGUCGAGAUAUGUCUCGGCCUCCACCAUCCUGCCUCAUCCGAUCUCAAGCCACCGUCGGUGGCACUGGUGUAGCUCCUCUUCGCCCUCUCCUCAACCAGGUCCGGUCAAGCCUUUGUUAAACCCACCGAAUCCAAACAAUGGAAAAUUAGAGGUGGGGAAAAAGGAUGGCUUUGGUCGAAAGGUCCAAGAAAUUCUCUGCGGAUUUUUGUGA